AUGUUAAAAGGGAAUGCCGAGAACUACGAAUGUAUAUACAGUGGCAGUGGCACAACACCAUUAUUAGGUGAUGUUGUUGCAUUCGUGGGACUUGCAGUGGCCAUGGUAGUGGAACACAUGUACGUGUUGAUUGCAAUAAGUAGAGCACCUCCUUCAGUUUUGGUUACCUGGGACCCCAAUUCUGCUCCUGCCAAGUCCAUAACUUGGCAAGCAGGUUUUUUCUAUGUUGCAAAUUGGCUGCGCUUUGCUGUUGGGGAAAUCUUACUGUUAAUCGGAUUGAGUGUGGAAUCAGGGCACCUGAGGAAUUGCUCUAGGCCAAGACCGAGUUGCCUCACCAUCAAACAAGGCCUGUUCUCUGCCGCUGGAGUCUUUUCAUUACUAAAAGUGUUUCUUGCUUCUGGGUUAUACUUGACAGCAUUGCGUGCACAGAGACUAUCCCAAGAGCAUGAAAACCUGCAGCGACAAAUACCUGAAGCCUCCGCCUUAUAUGCUUCUCGCCACCUUCUCCUUCGCAUCAAAUUUCUGCAAGGGAGAAUCCUAUUGCUAGAGAGAGUCAUCAGAUUUUACAGACGCCAUUCGUAG